CUUAGAUUUAUAUCGAAUUUGUACUUUCUUUUCUUCUAACUUCCUCUGCUUAGAGCAACUAUAAAUAAGGGAAAGCCGCAUUGCUUCGAAUCAUCUGUCAUAAGAAAGACGCUUUAACAUUCGAAGAUGAAGCUCUUAAAAAUUUCAUAUUUUAUUUCCUUCUUACUAGCAAUUACAGCAUUUUCAUUUGCAGAAAACAAUAUUGACAGAGCAAAUGAAAAUAUGGAUGAGCUGUUGAAAGAACUGGCAUUCGAUCCUCUGAUUACGAAGAAAUUGGAACCCCUGCAUGUUGCUAAUAUUCAAAACGGAUAUUUUGAAGGAAGAAACAUAUAUUUUCGAGGAUUAUCGGAUCUCCACAGAUUAGACAAUGCCAUAAUUAAACCAAGACUGAAUAAAACAUAUAUAUUUUAUAAACUGGAAGCGUCUAAUAUUCGAUUUAAUAUGGACUUCAGAGUAAAGAUACCACUGACACCAGUUUGGAUCCAUGGUAAGUCGGAAGGAAAGUUGGAUCAUGUAAAAUUAAACCUCAUAAUUAAAAUUUUACCGCAAGAACAAUUAAUAAAUUUGUAUGAAUUUAAAAUAACACAUUACGGUAACUUCAAAGUUACGCGAUUCUCGGGAGUAACAAUUUUUUUCAACUGGACAUUUAAGAUUAUAGCCGACGAAAUAUUGAAGUGCUCUAAAGAUGCGUUGAGAGAAGGUUUAAAAAAUGGCGUAUCAGAAAUACUUGAAGAACACAUAAAAGAAAAUAAAAAUGAGUUUUUGUCUGCAAUUUUAUAGAUUUAAAACUUUUGUUAAAAAGGGUAAAGUAAAUCUGAAUUGGUUUAUCAUACCCGCUUGUUAACCUUUGUUAUUGCUUGAUUGCAUACAACUCUGUAUUAAUGUUACCAGUAAAUACAGUAAAUUGUUAUUAAAACCGCUUAAUUUUGUAUUUAAAAUAAAUAAAGUGCACAUGAAAAUGAAUAUAUGCAGUUAUUUUUUAAAUAUUUAUUUUUUUUUCGGGUUAAUACCGAAGAUCCUCGCUUUACGACCGUUUUUGAAGAU